GCACCCAUGCCAUUGCCUAGCCCGACCGGCAUCCCCACUGCCGCCUCCGCCAAAACCCAACUAGCCGCCUUGACCGUGGCGGCCUGGACGAACACCGACACAUACGACCGGGACCUGUUUCCGACCUGGAUUACUAUCUCGGGGACCUGCAAUACGCGCGAGUACGUUCUGAAGCGGGACGCGACCUCCAUCGUGGUCGACUCUGCCUGCGUUGCAACCUCGGGAACUUGGACAUCUCCUUACGAUGCCGCCACUUGGACGUUGGCGUCAGAUUUGGACAUUGAUCAUAUGGUGCCGUUGAAGAAUGCUUGGGUUUCCGGUGCAGCCUCCUGGACCACCGCCAAACGCCAACAGUUCGCCAACGACGUGACGCGGCCCCAGCUGUGGGCCGUGACGGACAACGUCAACUCAUCCAAGGGGGAUAAGUCCCCCGACAGCUGGAAGCCGCCCUUGGCCAGCUUCUACUGCGUCUAUGCGCGUGCUUGGGUUGGAGUGAAGAGUUACUGGGAGUUGACGGUUACUUCGGCGGAAAAGACGGCUUUGACUAGUAUGCUGAAUACUUGCUAA